AUGACUGCAACGUCGGCCGUGGUCGAUGAGGGAGCAGUGAGCCCUUCAGAGACCGUCGUCAAGAAAGAGCCGAAGCGAAAAUGGAUGAGCUACAUCUGGGAUACCUUUGACAAGUCUCCUCAGGAGCGCAGAUUGCUUUUCAAGCUGGAUACGGCCAUCUUGACAUUCGCGUCUUUGGGGUACUUCAUUAAAUAUCUCGACCAGAUCAAUAUCAAUAACGCCUUCGUUUCCGGAAUGAAGGAAGACCUGGGCUUGUACAAGAACCAGCUGAACAACAUCCAGACAUGCUGGACCGUUGGCUAUGUCAUCGGCGAGAUCCCAAGCACCCUGCUCCUGACGCGUAUCCGCCCAAGAUACUGGAUUCCAGCAAUGGAGCUUAUCUGGACUGUUCUCACGUUUUCCCUGUCGAGAUGUAACACUGCUUCCCACUUCUACGCGCUGAGGUUUCUGAUUGGACUCGCCGAAAGUACCUUCUACCCCGGAAUGCAGUACAUCAUCGGCUCAUGGUACCGGAAAGACGAGCUCGCCAAACGCUCCUGUAUAUUCCAUACUAGCAGUGGCAUUGCCGGCAUGUUCUCCGGGUAUUUGAUGGCGGGAGUAUACCACCUGGGCGGCCGUGGUGGGUUUAAGGGAUGGCAAUGGCUUUUCCUCAUCGACGGCAUCAUCUCCCUUCCCAUUGCGCUGAGUGGGUUCUUCAUUCUACCCGAUGUACCGGAGAUUUCCAAUCCAUGGUAUCUAGGCAAAGAGGAAGUUGCCCUGGCUCAGAAACGAAUGGAGCUCGAAGGGAGAGAGAACAGAGGGCCUUACACAAAAGCUAAGCUCAAGAAGAUCUUUACAUCGUGGCAUAUCUAUCUCUUGACGCUGUUGUAUAUAAUGUUCAACAAUGCCGGAGCAGGCGGCAGCCAGCCCAUUUUCCAACAAUUUCUGAAAGAUUCCAAAGACCCCAAGUACAGCGUUGGGCAGAUUAACGCCUAUGCAACUACACCAAAUGCCGUCCAAGUGGCAACGACUCUCAUCUAUGCCUGGCUUUCUGAUUCGGUCCUCAAAGGAAGACGCUGGCCACCCAUUAUUUUCGGUGCUGUCAUGAACAUAAUUUGCUACCUCUCAUUAGCCGUUUGGGAUAUCCCCAUCGGAUGGAAAUGGGCUUGCUUCAUCCUUUGCGGAGCGGGAUUCGGACUCAGCGGUCUAUGUAUGGCUUGGGCCCAUGAAAUCUGCUCCGACGACAACGAAGAACGAGCCCUCACGGUGGGAUCCAUGAAUGAAAUGGCCUAUGUCUUCCAGGCAUGGCUGCCACAGGUCGUAUGGCAGCAGGUCGAUGCACCUCAAUACCAAAAGGGCUAUAUCACGGUGACGGUCUUUUCUGUCGUUCUCAUCAUCACUGCAUUUGCCAUUAGGGCUUUGGAACGGGUAGAGAAUUCGAAGAAGGAACGAGAAAAACAGCAAAGGGAGGACAGUGAUGGGGUUCUUUCAGUUUCAGUUUCAGACUCACCCAGAGUUACGCCUGUUGAUGAGAAGGCGAUUAAAUCAUAA